GGCCGCCGAGGUGACAGGGUGUGGUCUGCGGGGGAGCCGGGAGCCGCGAGCGGAGGGCGCCGGCCCCGGCAGGACGGAGGCGCAGGGAGGCGCGUGCCUGCGGCGCUCGGGGCGGUGACGGCGAGGAGCGCGGCGCGGGGCCGGCGGCCGGGAGUUCCCCGCCCUCGCCAAGUGCAGCCCGGCUCGCAGCUGCGCCGGCCGCCGGCGCCUUCCGCCAGGGCCGGCGGCGCAGACACCUGCCGCGCCCGGCUCCACCUUCGUGCCCAAGAUCUCCAACCUGGACAUAUGCCAGUUGACAUGGGAACACUGAGGCCAACAAUUUAAGGAUUUUCACAUUCACUUGCAGUGAAUGCGGAGUCCUGGAUUUCUUGACCACAGAUUGUCAACCUGAAAUCCUAAAGACAAGGACUCCUAACGGUUUUUGACCACACAAACCAGCCUUCUCCAGGGUAGUUAAGUGGGAUUUCUGAGGAGGGGCUGCUCUGACUUGACCUUGGCCCACCAUGAGGUUCUUCCUGCUUUGUGCCUACAUGCUGCUCCUGAUGAUCUCCCAGCUGAGGGCAGUCAGCUUUCCUGAGGAUGAUGAGCCCCUUAAUAUUGUUGACUAUCACUAUUCAAGGCAAUAUCCGGUUUUUAGAGGACGCCCUUCAGGCAAUGAAUCGCAGCACCGGCUGGACUUUCAGCUGAUGUUGAAAAUUCGAGACACACUUUAUAUUGCUGGCAGGGAUCAAGUUUAUACAGUAAACUUAAAUGAAAUCCCCAAAACAGAAGUAAUACCGAGCAAGAAACUGACAUGGCGGUCAAAGCAACAGGAUCGAGAGAACUGUGCUAUGAAAGGCAAACAUAAAGAUGAAUGCCACAACUUUAUCAAAGUAUUUGUUCCAAGAAACGAUGAGAUGGUUUUUGUAUGUGGUACCAACGCGUUUAAUCCCAUUUGUAGAUUCUAUAGGUUGAAUACCUUAGAGUAUGAUGGGGAAGACAUUAGUGGCCUGGCAAGAUGCCCAUUUGAUGCCAAACAAACCAAUGUUGCCCUUUUUGCUGAUGGGAAGCUAUAUUCUGCCACGGUGGCUGACUUCUUGGCCAGUGAUGCUGUUAUUUACCGAAGCAUGGGCGAUGGAUCUGCCCUUCGCACAAUAAAAUAUGAUUCCAAGUGGAUAAAAGAACCACACUUUCUUCAUGCCAUAGAAUAUGGAAACUAUGUCUAUUUCUUCUUUCGAGAGAUUGCUGUGGAACAUAAUAACUUAGGCAAGGCUGUCUAUUCCCGUGUGGCCCGCAUAUGUAAGAACGACAUGGGUGGCUCCCAGCGGGUCCUGGAGAAACACUGGACUUCGUUUCUGAAGGCUCGGCUUAACUGCUCCGUCCCCGGGGAUUCGUUUUUCUACUUCGAUGUCCUGCAGUCUAUUACAAAUAUAAUGCAAAUCAAUGGCAUCCCCACGGUGGUCGGGGUGUUCACCACACAGCUCAACAGUAUUCCUGGGUCUGCUGUCUGUGCAUUUAGCAUGGAUGACAUUGAGAAAGUAUUCAAAGGACGAUUUAAAGAACAGAAAACUCCAGAUUCUGUUUGGACAGCAGUCCCCGAAGACAAAGUACCAACGCCAAGGCCUGGCUGUUGUGCAAAGCAUGGCCUUGCUGAAGAUUAUGAAACCUCUAUCGGUUUCCCGGAUGAGACCCUGCUGUUCAUCAAAUCCCACCCCCUGAUGGACUCUGCCGUCCCACCCAUUGCAGAGGAGCCCUGGUUCACAAAGACUCGGAUCAGGUACAGGCUGACAGCCAUCGCCGUGGACCAUUCUGCCGGACCCCACCAGAACUACACUGUCAUCUUUGUUGGCUCAGAAGCUGGCGUGGUACUUAAAAUUUUGGCAAAGACCAGUUCUUUCUCUCUGAAUGACAGCGUAUUACUGGAAGAGAUUGAAGCAUACAACCAUGCAAAGUGUAAUCCUGAGAACGAGGAGGACAGAAAGGUCAUCUCAUUACAGCUGGAUAAAGAUCACCACACUUUGUAUGUGGCAUUCUCGAGCUGCGUAAUCCGCAUGCCCCUCAGUCGCUGCGAGCGUUAUGGAUCCUGUAAAAAGUCUUGUAUUGCAUCUCGAGACCCCUACUGUGGCUGGUUAAGCCAGGGGACCUGUGGUAGAGUCGCCCCAGGGAUGCUCACUGGAGGGUACGAACAGGACACGGAAUACGGCAACACGGCCCACCUCGGGGACUGCGAUGAAAUUUUGCCUACUUCAACUACACCAGAUUACAAAAUAUUUGGCGGUCCAACAUCUGACAUGGAGGUAUCUUCAUCUUCUGUUACCACAGUAGCAAGUACCCCACAAAUCACACGCAAAGUGGUUGAUACCUGGAGACCUAAACUGACGAGCUCCCGGAAAUUUGUAGUUCAAGAUGACCCACACACUUCUGAUUUUACUGAUCCUUUAUCAGGUAUCCCAAAGGGUGUCCGAUGGGAAGUUCAGUCUGGAGAGUCCAACCAGAUGGUCCACAUGAAUGUCCUCAUCACCUGUGUCUUUGCCGCUUUUGUUUUGGGUGCGUUCAUUGCAGGGGUGGCUGUGUACUGCUAUCGUGAUAUGUUCGUUCGGAAAAACCGGAAGAUCCACAAAGAUGCAGAGUCUGCCCAGUCGUGCACAGACUCCAGCGGGAGUUUUGCUAAACUGAAUGGUCUCUUUGACAGCCCCGUCAAGGAAUAUCAGCAGAAUAUUGAUUCUCCCAAAUUGUAUAGUAACCUGCUGACCAGUCGGAAAGAGCUGCCGCCCACCGGAGAUACUAAAACCAUGGUCAUGGACCAUCGAGGCCAACCCCCUGAGCUGGCUGCACUCCCCACGCCUGAGUCCACGCCUGUGCUGCACCAGAAGACCCUGCAGGCCAUGAAGAGCCACUCAGACAAGGCCCAUGGCCAUGGAGCUUCAAGGAAAGAAACCCCCCAGUUUUUUCCUUCUAGUCCUCCACCCCACUCCCCACUAAGUCACGGGCAUAUCCCCAGUGCCAUUGUUCUUCCUAACGCUACCCACGACUACAACACGUCCUUCUCAAACUCCAAUGCUCACAAAGCUGAAAAGAAGCUUCAACACAUUGACCACCCUCUUACGAAGUCCUCCAGUAAAAGAGAUCACCGGCGUUCUGUGGAUUCCAGGAAUACCCUCAAUGAUCUCCUGAAGCAUCUGAAUGAUCCAAAUAGUAACCCCAAAGCCAUCAUGGGAGACAUCCAGAUGGCCCACCAGACCCUAAUGCUGGAUCCCGUGGGACCUAUGUCUGAGGUCCCUCCCAAGGUCCCUAACCGGGAGGCAUCGCUCUACUCUCCUCCUUCAACUCUCCCUAGAAAUAGCCCAACCAAGCGAGUGGACGUCCCCACCACUCCUGGGGUCCCCAUGACCUCUCUGGAAAGACAAAGAGGUUACCACAAAAACUCCUCCCAGAGGCACUCUAUAUCUGCCAUGCCUAAAAACUUAAACUCACCCAAUGGUGUUUUGUUAUCGAGACAGUCUAGCAUGAACCGUGGUGGGUACAUGCCCACACCCACAGGGGCGAAGGUGGACUACAUUCAGGGCACACCAGUGAGUGUUCACCUGCAACCUUCCCUCUCCAGACAGAGCAGCUACACCAGUAAUGGCACCCUUCCUAGGACGGGGCUAAAGAGGACACCGUCCUUAAAACCUGACGUGCCACCAAAGCCUUCAUUUGCUCCUCAAACCACCUCUGUCAGACCACUGAACAAAUACACUUACUAGGCCUCCAGUGUGCUGUUCCCCGUGUGGCUUUUUGCUGUCCACGUUGUUGCGAGGAUGAUGUUGUAAGGGUACCUUAAGAUAAGAGACUCACUUGUCUUUUAAGAGAACCAAGUGGCCAAAGAAACUCUCCCACUUUGGCAACAUCGGAACUUGCCACAUGUAGCUACUGCAGCGAGGCUUCUGUGUACUUGCCUGGAAACAAAGGAAGGUGCUGGCCAUUCCAUUUCUUUUGUUUGAAGCUGAAGAGAAGUAUAGCUCCAGCUCCGAGGGGCUACCUUCCCAGGGUAAAGAGCUGGUACAGUGUGCAGAAGAAUCUGUGAGCAAAUACUUGAAAAUGGGUUCAACUUAGACUGCCAUUAUUAUGGGUGGUCUUCCCAUUCAAUGUGAACAUUUUAAUAUGUAUGCAUUCACCUUGCCUCUUGCACAAAUGUCAAAAACAAUGGUAAUGUCUCAAAGAAACAAACUUGUAGAUUACCAAACAAUUUGCUAAAUAUUCAGUCUUUGACCCAAACUGUAGCAUUUUUUUUUUCAUGUGGGGCAAUUUUUUUCAUGCCACCAAUGAACUGUGUGUGUGUACAUGUGCGUGUGUGCGUGUGUGUGUGUGUGCGUGUGUGCGUGUGGGUGCAUCCUGUACCCACUAGGAUGUGGUUAGGUGCCCAUUGCAUCUUUUUGUGCUAUGGAGUUGUUUACAUAGAGCAUGACUGAACAAGAGACAAUAACUACUUCCCACAGCAGUCCAUUGGGUUCAGCUUUUAGAAAUAAAUAAAAUGAAGGCUGAUUUGACCAUCACUAUGAUUGACUUACAUGGUACCCAAUGCCAGAAUGUAAGAGUUCUAAGUAAUUUUGUGCUGCUAUUCAUUAAAACUUCUAUUACAGUCUUGCCAGCUUAAGGAGAUAGAGAUGUUAAGAGGUAUCCUUGAUUUAUCCAACAGUAUUCAGUAGUAAAACUUACCUGUCCACUGUGAAUCCGAGACUGAGUCACUCUAUUUAACCUUUGACACACUAAUAAGGUUUUAGUUUGAUUGUGUUUGGUUUUUCCCAUGUAUUAAAAUUUCUCUUCCUUUAACUCCUCCUACCCCCAAGAUUUAAAAUUGAAAAAAAAAAAAAAAAGACAAUAGAGGGAAAUGUGAAAAGAAUUGUAAUUGGCUUAA